AUGGUUAGAGUUACCAUGUUCUGUAACGUGCACAAAGUUGUGGCACACACCCCUCCCCAAUCCCUGUUUAAUCCGAAGCAUCUUUUAGUGGCAGCCAUUGACUUCGGGACAACGUAUUCAAGUUGGGCGUUCUCGUUUAGGUUUGACUAUGAUAGCGACCCAACUAAAGUCUCCGCAAAACAGUGGCAAGGACACGAGUCUACAAAGGGCCCUACUUGUGUUCUGAUCAAACCUGAUGGGAAAACAUUACAUUCGUUCGGUUUUGAUGCGGAAGCCAAAUACGCAGAACUUAUUGAAGAAGACGAAAAUAAAGACUGGUUCUUCUUUAGAAGGUUUAAAAUGAUGUUAUGGAAACAGAAACUCAAUCGCAAUUCGUUGUUGGAAGAUGAAAAUGGUCGGAAAUUAUUGGCAAUGACCGUUUUUGCGUUGUCAAUAAAGUAUCUGAAGGAAGACCUAUGGGUUGUUUCUAAUGACCGAAUAGCGGACGCCGUGUUACCAAACGAAAUACACUGGGUUUUGACAGUACCUGCAAUUUGGAACAAUGCAGCAAAACAGUUCAUGCGGGAAGCUGCAGAAGAGGCGGGAAUAGAAUCGGAUAUGCUCACCAUUGCACUUGAGCCGGAAGCUGCUUCCCUUUUUUGUCGUCAUCUUCCGGUUGAAAAGAGUGGGGAUCAGUUCUCCCUGGCUUCACUGCGAGCUGGAAGACAGUACCUUGUACUUGAUGCCGGAGGAGGAACUGUCGACAUAACGGUGCACGAAAUUACGGCAUCUGGUGGCGUCAAAGAACUGUACAAGGCGAGUGGUGGUGCUUGGGGUGGGACAAAAGUAGAUGAUUCCUUUGAAGAGUUCUUAGUUUGUUUGACAGAUAAAUGUGUCGUCAAAAAAUUCAAAGAACAUCACUUAGAUGAUUAUACAGAACUUCUUAGACGGUUCGAGGUUAAGAAGAGAGAAAUUGAUCCCGACAUGGAUACAAAACUCGUCAUGAGCAUCCCACUUGCCUUUUUAACAACUGUAAAGAAAGGACUACACAAAGACUUUAAUAAAGCAGUCAAGAAGACAUCUUAUUCGAAUUCGGUGACCUUGUCUGGAGAUAAACUGAAAAUCGACGCCACAGUUGCUCGAAGCUUUUUUAAAGAAUCCAUCGAUAGCACGAUAGAACAUGUCAAAGAUAUUUUGGGAAAACGUGAAAACUGUGGCGUGGAAGCCAUUUUAAUGGUUGGCGGGUUUUCUGAGUCGAAAAUGCUCAACAAGGCAGUUAAACAAACUUUUCCUGGAUUAAAGUUGAUCGUCCCUGAUGAGGCUGGUCUGGCAAUUCUCAAGGGAGCCGUGAUGUUUGGACAUGAUCCCAGAGGAAUUACCGAGCGAAUAAGCAAAUAUACGUAUGGCAUUUUAACUCAUCCUGCUUUUGACUCUACCAAACAUCCAGAAUCAGCAAUAUUCACUGACAUUGAUGGAAUAGAUAAAUGUCAAUACUUCUUUGAUAAACAUGUACUAGCCGGACAGUCGCUGAGAGUCGGAGAGGCCCAGUCUGAAGAAACAUACGUCACAAGACCAAGCCACACGUCAACUGUGCUAAUUGAGGUAUUUGCAACCGAAAAUAAAUUUCCAGUUCUUGUGACUGAUCCUGGAUGCAGACAAGUUGGAAAAUAUACCCUCGAAAUGGCUGGAACCGGAGGCGGGCGACCUAUCUUAGUAAGGAUGAUAUUUGGUGGCACGGAAAUAGACGUCGAGUGCACCGAGAAAGCAACUGGAAAUGUAUCGCAUAUAAAGAUUGACUUUUUGUCAUAUAUAUGUUAG